UGUUGACGUAGCCGCACGCAGGCUGCGCCCCGCCUCUCGUCUUCAUCUCGCCGUCGGACGGAGCGUCGCGGGAACGGGAGGGAGACAAAGCAUUAAAGUAAUGAAUGGGGGACGGAGAGGCGAGUUUCCGAGCUGUGAACAUUGAGCGCUCAGCGGGUGGCUGCGGCGGCCCAUAUCUGCCAGGUGAUGCAUUUGGACAUCGUACAAAAGUGUUUAAAGUGCUAGAAGAUAUGCCUUUGCAAAAGUUUGCCGCAGCUGAUAAAUUCUCUAGAUGACAGCAAUACUAUUCAUGCCAAGGAACUCCAGCUUGUAAAUCACUCAUUGGCUUAAGAGAUGUCCAUCUUGACCAACUUGACUCCCUUUUGGUGACAUUGAAAGACGAAACAAAAGAUCCCAUUGUAUGUGAAGUGAGAGGUCUGAUUUUUUUUUUUUUUUUUUUUUCAUGAGCAGUCUUCAGAUUUAAGUUUAUCAAGAGUUUCUUUAACAAGAUGGAAACAAGCACCAUAAAAGUUGAACAAGAUGAUGAAAUGCAUGGUGAGGUCAGCCAUGUACAAAUUAAAACUGAAGCAAGUGAAAUAAAACAAGGCAAAAUAAAAUCAGGUGAAAGUGGUGAUGAACAAGAAGAAAAAGAACAACAUUGCCCUGAUACCUCACAAACUUUAUCUACUGAAAACGAGGAAGAGUAUGGAAUUCUGUUUUCACAAUAUACUACAACACUCUAUGAUGCGGCAAUGGAAGCUGUUACACAAAGCAUACUUACAAAUAAAAAUAUCAGCAAUCGAAAAAAGUCCCCAGCUUGGAACCAUUUUUUCAUUUCUCCACGAGACAGUACCAAAGCUAUAUGCAUGUACUGUAUGAAAGAAUUUAGUCGGGGCAAAAAUGAAAAAGACCUCAGUACAAGUUGUCUCAUGAGACAUGUAAGAAGGGCACACCCUAGAGUACUUUCCUCUGAAAAUGGAAAUUCAUCAGGUAUCUCAUAUUCUCCUCCCACAUUAGUUCUACCUCUGCAGCCUCCAGAUGUUGUGGACACUAAUAUCACACCCACAAAAAUUAGGAAACUUGCAACAAAGGUGUCUCCAGAAAAGGUCGUGGACGAGCCUUCGUCAGUUAUUUCUUCAGAUGAAAUUUCUUCAGAUGUCUCAAUAUCUGAAAAAAAUGGUAAGGAAGAUGUUUCAGCCUCCCCUUCAGCUGUACCAAACAGCCAGUCUGAUGAAAGUGCAGACACUAUAACGGAGAAACCGAUUUCAAAUCCCAAAAAUUCCUCUGGCUCUAGAAGAAGAUCUGCUGUUUGGAAACAUUUUUAUUUGUCUCCACUGGAUAACUCAAAAGCUGUUUGCAUCCACUGCAUGAAUGAAUUUAGCAGGGGUAAGAAUGGAAAAGAUUUGGGCACAAGUUGCUUAAUAAGGCAUAUGUGGCGGGCUCAUCGUUCAAUAGUUUUGCAAGAAAAUAGUGGAGGCACGAGUUUGCCACCUCCUUAUUCUGUUCCUCCUACUCUCUUGCCAUCUAUUUUACCUGCAGAUGGGGAGGUUAUUUCUGCUGCAGAAUCUCCAGGGAAAAUUGGAAAAGACCCUGUUUCUGUACCUCCAUCUCCUGAUAGGGUAUCAGAAGAUUUGCAGUACUCUUCUUCUAAUGGUGACUUAAUUAUUGAUGACGGAACACCAGUCAUGCAUUCUUCAGAAAAUGUGGGUGAAGCUUUAUGUUCUCCUGGAAAAACAAAGCAGUGUCAUGGCUCAUCGGUAUUGGAUGCACCUGUCCAACAAAACAAAAAAGUUAUAAAAAGGUUAAAAUCUGAAGUUUGGCUUCACUUUACCUUAUCCCCAAAUGAUAAUUUAAAAGCUGUGUGUAGGUAUUGUAACUGCAUGAUUAGCAGAGGUAAGAAUGGGGAUUUUGGAACUAGCUGUUUAAUGAGACAUCUUUAUAGGCGGCAUCCAGAAAUUGUUUUAAACCAAAAAAGUUUUGACGUCAGUCUAGCCAAUUCUCCAUAUGCUACAUUAGCAUCUGCGGAAUGCUCGUCUUCAAAAAUGAUAGAUUUGUCAACUGUUGCAGUUCAUGAUAAUCAGGUUAUUUUUCCUUCAAAUAGUAAGAAGACCUCAAAACUGUGGAAUCAUUUUUCAAUUUGUUCUGCAGAUUCAACUAAAGUAAUAUGUAUGCACUGUGGACGCACAAUAAGCAGAGGGAAGAAACCAACCAAUUUGGGCACCAGUUGUCUUCUGAGGCACUUGCAGAGAUUUCACAGCAAUGUGUUACAAACCAAUGGUGUUUCAGAAACCUCACCAACUGCUGAUGUUCAUCUGCCAGGAAAUUCUAGUUUAUCAGUGUCUUUUGAUGAAACCAAUGAUAAAUUUAGUGACUCUUAUCCUGUUGCCAAAAAAAUCACAAGUCUUGUAGCUGAAAUGAUUGCACUUGAUCUUCAACCAUACUCAUUUGUGGAUAAUGUUGGGUUCAACCGACUUCUUGAAUACCUUCAACCUCAAUAUUCAUUACCAUCCCCAUCUUACUUUUCUAGGACUGCUAUUCCAGAUAUGUAUGAAAAUGUGAAACACAUUAUUGUGUCCCACUUAAAAGAAGCAGAGAGUGGCGUAAUACAUUUUACAGCAGGGAUCUGGAUGAGCAGUCAGACGCGGGAAUACCUUACACUUACUGCUCACUGGGUUACCUUUGAUUCCUCUUUUAAGCCACACAAUGAAGACUACCACUGUUCUGCACUUCUGCAUGUUUCUCAGAUUGACUGUGACUAUAAUGGUGUCAGUGUUCAAAAACACCUAGAAUACUUGUGGGAGGCCUGGAUUACCUCAUUUGGGCUUCAGAUAGGAAUCACUGUUACUGAUAAUCACAGCAUAGGGAAAACAUUAAAUGAAAAUGAUCGGUCAAGUGUUGAAUGUUUUGGGCACACUGUUGAUCUUAUUGUAAAUGAAGCCAUUAAGAGUCAAAGAAUGGUUCAAAAUCUGCUUAGCAUUGCAAGAAAAAUUUGUGAACGUGUUCACAGAUCAACAAGAGCAAAGGAGAAGCUAGCAGAACGCCAAAAAGAGUAUGGAUUACCUCAGCAUCCACUGAUUCAAGAUGUACCCUCAAAAUGGAAUACUUCGUUUCAUAUGUUGGAACGGUUAAUUGAACAAAAAAGGGCAAUUGAUGAGAUGUCAAUCGAAUGCAACUUCCGGGAAUUGAUUAGCUGUGACCAAUGGGAGGUUAUGCAGUCUAUCUGUCAUGCACUAAAACCCUUUGAAGCUGCCAGUAAAGAAAUGAGCAUGCACACAGCUACUUUAAGUCAGGUAAUUCCAAUGAUUCACAUACUUAACCGAAAGAUUGAAAUGCUGUUCGAGGAGACAAUGGGGAUAGACACCAUGCUGAAAUCACUUAAGGAAGCUAUGGUUUGUCGCUUGUCCUCCACACUUCAUGAUCCAAGAUAUGUAUUUGCAACACUUUUGGACCCUCGGUACAAAGCGUCCUUAUUUUCUGAGGAGGAAGCCGAGGAGUACAAACUAGGAUUAAUCAGGGAACUGGAAAUACUUAAUUCUACCUCAGAUGAUGCUCCUGUUCUUAACGGGUGUAACAAACAUUCUCCUAACCACAAAGAGGACAAUAUUUGGUCACUCAUGGCCAACAUUAAAAAGUCCAAGAAUUUUAAAGAAAAAUUGCCUGAAGAUAUUGUGUUGGCGUACUUGGAAGAAGAAGUCCUUGAGCAUAACUGUGAUCCACUUACUUACUGGAAUUUAAAGAAAUCCUCAUGGCCAGUUCUGUCUAAGCUAGCAGUCCGAUUUCUUGGUUGUCCACCUAGCAUUGUUCCAUCAGAGAAGCUUUUUAACACCUCAAAUGACAGUGGAAGUUUUAACCAAACUAGACUAAUGAUGGAACAUUUUGAGCAACUCAUUUUUUUAAAGGUUAAUCUCCCUUUAAUAUACUUUCAGUAUUGAAAUGAUAGAAUUUGUCAGGUGAAAAAAGCCUUGUUCCUCUACCGACUUUAACUGUAUUUUGUACAUUUUGUUUAACCUGCUCCUAUUGGGGCCAUGUAUGACACUGAAUAAGUGACUAGUUUUUUGCGUUACAAUGUUUCGCUUUAAAUAUUGUCUACAUGUGCCUUACUUGGUUUUUCAGGCAACCAGAUCUUGUACAUUUUUUUUUUAACACCUUAGAAAUUAAGACUUGGUCAUAAAAUUUUGUUUUAGUUGUCUUAUUUUGUAAAUAUGUAUGUAAAAUUCUUUUGUUAUAGGAUGGGGGGGAAAGAUGUAAACAGUUUUAUUCUGUAGUUUUACUUAAAUUUUUAUGUACAAAAUGGAAAGGUACUGUAUUUUAGUCAUAUUGCUUUUGAUAGUGGUUUUUGUACUUCUGUGUUUUUAAAUAUCAGGUUAUAAAUUCAUCAUAGGUGCUCGUUUUAAUGUAGUCUUUAGUAACCAAUUGCGUUUUUGUUGCCUCAAAGUUUUUAUGAAAUUCACUGUCCGAGUUUCAGUUGCUUGGACUACAUUACAUCAGCCCAAUUGGUUUGUGUUUUUAAAAUGGAAAAAUGUUAACUGCUUUCUGUCAGUAUAGUCUGCAGUGCAUUCAUUUUUAUCUGAAAACUAUCAUAACAGCCAGAAUGUGGAACAAAAAAUGUGUACAACUGCCUGCAUUCAAAAAAGACUUCCAGUACUGUUCUACUGUAGACCUUAUGUUGGUAAUGUCUUAUUUAAUAUUAAAGUGUUUUUAAUUUGUAAAAUACUUCAGAAGCUGUGCCACUGAAUAAAAUGCAAAAUCAGUCUUGCAAAUGCAUAUAUAAAACCAAGAGACACUCCUUGUAAGUAUUUUACUAUACAUUUGAUCACUGCAUUGUGCAAAUGUAACUUGAAAAAAAACAUGUACAUCGUUUUUUUUUGUUUUGUUUUUUUGUGUUUCCCUGGUUUAAUUUUUUUUUUUUUUUUUUUUUACACGACUUUUAAACCCUGGAAUCUGAGCAAAUAUUUCAUGUGCUGCUUUCACAAACAUCAGGAAUCUCCCUAAAUGACCUAACAUUUCCUUUGUUACUGUAUUAUAUUUUCUUACUUUUAAUUGUAUUUUUAAGAAAGCUGUACUGGUCUGAUUUUUUUUUUUUUUUUUUAAACUGUAUUUAUAAAUGGUCAACCAAUGUUUCAGAAUUAAAUCAUAUACAGAAUU